CGCUCACUCCACCCACCAAAUUCCGCACACAAUCUAAAGUUCACAAGGACUCUAGAUUAACACUCAUUUUCUCGUUUUCAAAAGAAACGAAAAAGAUUUUAAAUCUGUAACAAAGUCUAUUCACCCCCCCCCCUCUAGACUUUGGAAGAUCAUGAUGGAAGCACACCUCUACGCUCUACAUGAUUGCAUGUGGAUGGUGCUUGAGGAUGGACCCUUGAAAAUUCAAAUGGAGAAUCCUGAGAGGAAUCCAGCAACUCCAGACGUAGUCCAGUACAUUCCAAAGCCCAAGGAAAAAUGGGAUGAUAGAGAUUGCAAAAAGCACAAUCUGGAUAACGUCGCCAAAGCAGCCAUCUUCAAGACACUUGACCCCAUCACCUUCUCCAAAAUUAAGCACCUCAAGACUGCCAUGGAGAUAUGGCAAGGUCUUGAGAAGCUAUGUGAGGGUUCAGAGGACUUGAGAAAGCAGAAGAUAGAAGUCCUGCUUGAGAAGUUCAAAAGCUUCAAAAUGCUUCCUGGAGAAUCAUUUGAUAUGCUGGAUGAAAGAUUCCACAAAAUCUUGAAUGAUCUUGCAUCACUUAACCACGUUCUUUCUCCCAAAGAAAAGAAUCAUGACCAUGAAGUUCUGGAUCUAUCAGACAAGGAUGAAGAAGUCAAUAAAGGAGAUAGAAUGAAGCCCACGGAAUUCAUUCCAUUCAGAAGUCUGCCUCUGAAGAUUUCACAGAGAAAUCCGGAUUCAGACAGUGCUGAGCCAUCCGGAAAUCUUGGCCAGCCUUCCAAUAUUCCGGAUAUUUCAAACGGCAACAAUUCCGGAAAUGGCGACCCAGUGCCAAUCCAUCCGGAAACACCAACAACUUCUGUUCUUCAACUAGAAGCUGAACUAGAUCAACCAGUCAAUCCCAAUCAACACAAUCUUCGUUGGUUAAGGGAUCAUCCUCCUCAACAGAUCAUCGGAGAUAUUCAAUCUGGUGUUCGCACAAGGAGUGCCCAACAGAAUCUAGAA